CUUCCGUGAGUGUUGCGUGUGGGGACCAUGAACCUUCAUUCUUAGAAUCCGUACAGCUAUAUUUUGAUAAGGCUGCUAAGCUCAGUGGCGUAUCACCAAACACCAUAUCACAUGUAAAAGCUCCAGAUUGUAUGCUUAAAGUUACAUUUCCGAUCGAG